AUGUCUCAUUUUCAUUUUAUCGCUAUGCUCUUCACGUUCCUAUUCGUUACCCUUACAUCAGCGUUUUCAUUGUCGCCUUCCUCUUUGUAUUCUUUAAUCCUUGAGAACCCAGGAGAUUCAGGAAAUUUGGAGGUUGUCAAACUGGCCCAACUGGAGUACAAGACAGACUCAUGGACGCUGAACUCACUCAAUUCAGAAUCCGACAUAUUACCAGGCAAUUACUGUGUGUCCUUGGCAGAGGCUAAUUCUGGGGAAGUUGUUGUUCCAUGCUUCAAUUAUGGAAACUUCGCGCACCUACCUGUGACUGGUGUCUUAAGUCUCAUAAGAAACAAUGGUAAAGACUUUUCUUACAGCUCAAUUUCUUUACUGAGAACAAUUCAAGCUCCUUCAAGUGCGGAAACUCCUUCUAAAAGUGCCGGUUUAAAGAUUCUUGAUAAGGAGUGUUAUGUAAUUCCAUCACCUAUUAUAGAGGAUACUACAAGGACAGCCGAGAAGCAGCAGGCUGUCGGCACUAAUGCCAAUUCUGAUGACAAUAAAGAUGGAGAAGAAAACUUUUUCAGUAAUACUUACACCUAUUUAUUGGAUACUUGUUCUGGUCAAGCUCAUCAAAAGUAUCGCAUGGUUCAUGUUGCCAGAAUUUAUGAUAAUGCCACCCAUUUCUUGAUAACUAUGAGUCAAAUUAGCAAAGAUACGGCCUUGGUAAAUCCGGUGAUCAUUUCAAAGUCCGCUUAUGAGGUUUCUUACUCUAGUGUUAUCAAUCUUAUGAAGCAAAGAAACGACUCGACCUAUAUGGGAUUUGCACUCUAUGGCUAUUGGGUGCUAAUCUUCACUCUUUCUACUGUAAUCAAUGUGGCAUAUUGGUGUUGUCCGUAUGCUUCUGAGAAAAUCGCAAAAACUCCACCCAUAAACUGGCUUCGAAGACAUCUUAUCUGCCCCCAAGUGAUUAGACCUUCUCAACUCUCCAGGUUUAAAGCGCCUACUGAAAAGAGUUCACAAACCGGUGCUAGCAAAUUUAACUUGAGUGUCAUUGAAUCAAUGUACAGGAUGCCUGUUCGAGUGCAUGCCUUGCUUCUUUUCCUCUACGCCUGUAUUGUCACGAUCUUAUGUUGUGUCGAUUACACUUUCGUCACUCCAAAUACGAUUUUUCGUUGCCCUAAGGGACAGAAGUUUGUGUAUUAUGCAGAUAGAACUGGAAUCAUCGGAACAAUGCAAUUACCUUUGAUUUUUCUAUUUGCCUCAAGAAACAAUCCUUUAACUAAAAUCACUGGUUUACCCUAUAGGACUUUCCAGGUCUAUCAUAAAUGGGUUUCCAGGAUAACAUUUGUGCUUUUACUUCUCCAUUGUACAUUUUAUCUCAGCUACGUGCAAGCUCGUGGUGAUUAUAUCGCCAGAUGGGGGCUACUUAAAUGGAGGAUGGCCAACACUGCUUUUAUUGCCAUUUGUGUUACAACUGCUUGGGGUUCCGUGCGUAGAAGAUACUAUGAAUGGUUUAAGUCCUCACAUAAAAUACUCUUAGUUAUAUUUGUCAUCGGUGCAUGGUAUCAUUGCUUAACUUUAGGAUGGAUUGAAUAUAUUGCCGUUUCCUUUUCCAUUUGGGCCGCAGAUUACAUCUUCAGAAUAGCUAAAAUUACAUCUACUGGUGGAGAUCUAAAGGCUAACUGCAGGGUUCUUUACGAGACCAGGGAGGAAGGGGAAGGUUCGACAAAGAUAAGGAAAAUGCCUCAUUCCAUUAGAAUGGAGGUGAACCACUCAGGAUGGUGGAAACCGUUUCCUGGUGCCUAUUGUUGGGUUUACUUUUUGAAAUGGAAUAUGUUUUGGGAAGCCCAUCCAUUCACUGUAGUUCAGACUACUACUCAACACAAUUUUAACCAAUUGGUGUUUAUAGUCAGGGUGAAAAAGGGAUUAACAAGGAAGUUGGCCAAUUUCAUUGCCAAGCAACCAAAUUCUCAAUGCAUUAUGUCCAUAUUGGUAGAAGGACCUUAUGGUACUAACAUUCCAUUUAAAGCUUACGAUCAUGCAGUUUUCGUUGCUGGCGGUGUUGGAAUGACUGUGGUUUAUUCUAUAGCCAUGGAUCUUGCCCAAAUAUACACUGCACAAGUUCUUAGAGGACAGAAGAAAUCAAGUGAGAAGUCAAUUUCUAUAGAAUGGAUGAUUCCUAGCUUUGAAUCGGUGACAGCAUUUCGUCAAGAGAUUGAAAAGUUGAGACAGUUUGAAGAUAUUCUCAAGCUCCACAUUUUUAUCACUAGGGAACCCAAAGAUCCAGCGCUCAAGGAAGUUUUGAAUAGGCUAGAAAGGCCAAUCUCAAAGGCAAAUUCAAAACCCAAUGAGCCAAUUUCACAAAAGACAAUGUUUAGGGAUCCCACUAUCAUUGAAUUGGAACCAAUGUUAUCUAUACAUGAAAACCCAGAGGACCAAAGUGGCUCUACUGGUCGCGGCAGUGGCAACAACUUCCAAGACGAUGAGAUGGUUGAAUUCUUGGAGGAUUUACUGAAUAGAAAUGGCAAUAGUUCCGUUUCAAUUGAUUUUGAUGAAAAGCCAGAUUUGACUACGUCACUUCAUAAGAUCUACACAUUAGCAGGACCAACGGCCGUGAUAGCAUGCGGGCCUCCAACAUUAAACGCAGAUGUCCGAGUUGUUACAGUCGAGUGCCUUAAGAGAAAUAGAAGCGUUGAAUACUUUGAGCAGGAGUUACUCUGGUGA